AUGGCCAAAUUCAUUAGUCUUGAUUAUAAAACGCACUUGCUAGUGUCUUUAAUUGUUAGGUUGGCACUAGUGGCAUACGGGGCCUACCAUGAUCAAGUCUCCUCAGUCCCCUACACCGACAUUGACUACAAAGUCUUCACCGACGCCGCAAGACACGUCCUCGACCACAAAUCGCCCUACGAGAGACACACUUAUCGGUAUUCCCCCCUCGUGGCCUACCUCAUGGUCCCCAACAUCACUCUUCAUCCCUGUUUUGGUAAAAUUCUCUUCUCCCUAAUUGACUUAAUCGACGCCAUCUUGAUCCGAGCAAUAGUCAAAACGACGCUUCGUGAAUACUUCAAACACACCGGGGAGCCCCAGAAUUGCAUCACGGGGCGCAGCCGCAAAAAAUCGAAGAAGAAAAACGACCAAAGUGACGCCACUGCGAAUUUGAGUCUAGUAGUCUGGCUCUACAACCCUCUAACUCUAGCAAUCGCCACCAGAGGGAAUUGCGACUCGAUUGCGGUUUUUUUCGUGUUGGCAACACUUUAUUUAUUGCAAUGUCAGAAGAAAUUUUUCUUAGCCGGCUUGAUCCACGGCAUUUCGAUUCAUUUCCGGUUAUACCCCAUUGUGUACAGUCUCACAUUUUACAUGUAUUUGAGCAAAUUCUCAUUCUAUUCGAUUGAAGACAGACGCAAGAGGGAAAUCACCGAUAACAGGGUUGCCACCCGUAAGCCGGAGAAAAAAACAAUUUUCAAGAGAAAAUAUCUGCUUUAUUUGGUCCCCAAUUUCGACCAAAUUCAGCUAGUCCAAGGCUGUGUCUUGUCACUUUUCUCCCUGAUUGGCAUAUUUUAUUUUCUCUACGGCUACAAAUUCAUCCAUGAGACAUAUAUCUACCACUUUACCCGCAAAGACACCAGACACAACUUCUCGCUUUAUUUUUACCUCCAGUAUCUCACUGCGUGGAUCAAGAAUAUUGGGAUUUGGCAAAAAGUCUUAGUGGUGUUACCACAAGUUGUUCUCCUGUUGGUUUUUUCCUUCCGUUACGGUUUGAAUCGUUUUUCGUUGAAUUUCUCAGUCUUGACCCAAACCAUAGUCAUGGUGACUUACAACAGUGUCUUAACUUCGCAAUAUUUCGUAUGGAUUAUGGCAAUUUUGCCGUUGUGUCUUUGGCAAAUCCGGAUGAGUCUUAACAAUGCUGUGUUUCUGGUCGUUGUGUGGUUUGCAGCACAGGGGGCGUGGCUCCUCCCGGCCUAUUUUCUGGAGUUUCACGGCCAAAACACCUUCCUGUUUAUUUGGAUUCAAAGUGUGUCGUUUUUCUGUGCCAAUAUUGCGAUUUUGGGGAGACUUAUCAUGUUUUUUGCGCCGAUCAAGAAAGAAAUGUAAUUGUGUAUGUAGUUAAGUAUAGUGGGUAAAAACUAGUACACACCUGGGCGGAGCCUGCGCCCAAGUGUGUACUUCUAGCUUUUACCCCACUCUAUCAAUGUAUUUGUACAGUUUAUAACGAAAUAAAAUAAAAUAAAUGGUAAAUAAGAAGUAA